UCAGUGUCAGUAAGUGCGUGGCCUUUAGACAGUGCGAACGAUCACCAUGGCUUUUCGGCCCCUUUUGCUGCUGCUGGCCUGUGCCAGCGCCUUGGCCCAUCCGAUGCUCUACAAACUGAAUCCCGACGAGAAAUAUGAGGCAGAUCUCGUGCCCGUCUCCUCCACCGUGAUUCCGCUGACUGUGCUGGAGGUAAGCUACGGAGCAGGUGGCAAGCCCAGCGAGGAGUACAAGGCGGCCUACCUCCGCAAGCUGCGCAAACAGGUUCUCCAGCGGGCGGACAAGGACAAGCAGAACGACGAGGACGACGAGGCGCCCACUGUGCUGGGCCUGUCCGACUCCCUGCUCUCUCCUGCUCCCAGCGAUGCGGACGCCCUGAUUACCGUGAAAUCGCAGCAGCUGGAGAAGGCCAAAGUCAAGGCUGUCUGAGCCACGCUCUGUCUUCAGUCUUCAGUCUUCAAGCUGAUGUCAUGGCGAGUGUGGAAUAUACGACAACUAACCCAAUCGCA